AUGGCGCCGAGACGCGGCAAGAGAGGACCAGCAGGCGGUGGCCAACAGACGUUAAGUUUUUGGAUGCGAUCCAAGGAAGCUGAAGGUGGAUUGCGCGAUCGAUCGAGGUCCCCAGCGCAGACUGACAGUUCCGUGCUGCCGGAGGACCAGCAGAGCGACAUGAGCGACGUCGGAGUCUCCAGCACAGUGAAGCCGUCCUUGCGGCAGCGGCUCGCUGCUCGAGGAGCAGAGAUGCUCGCAACACCGCAGGCUCGCGAGUCCCUGAAGGGCAACGUGCCCAAGUUCUGUGCCCAGCAGAAAUUGCUUUUUCAGAGCUCUCCACCUUGUGGAGACAAGUCCUACGUGGCAACACCUUGCCGAAGCCCGUGCCGCUCAGACUUGCGCAAGAGGCUUGACCUGUCACCAUCGACUGUGAAGGAGGAGGACGCCUCGAUGCAGCUUCCUGCAGAUGGAGCUGGCGACAGGGCAACAUCAGCGACAGCGAAGUCAUCGACGACGGCUGCUUCUUCCGAUGUUCGUGACGAUCAAGCUGUGCAGGCAGACCUUCUGCAGAUGCGCGAGCAGGAGGCAUCAGAAGAGGUUGCCAGGAUCCUGCAGCUACAGGAAGGAAAACGCGCUUUCAGAUCAGAACUAGCAUGGGCCAAGGCAGUGCUAGGCCUGGAUGCAGCGGCGGCUGAAGUCUCCCUCGUUCACCAGGCUUUUCGUUCGCUGAUGCGCAAGCUCCACCCCGAUCGCAUCGGAGCCUGCGACGGAGCCACCGAGGCAAUGGACGAGCUCCGAAAAGCCAAGCAGCUCUGUGAACACAAGAUGAAAUUUGCGGAGCUUCACCCGCCUGCAGCGCCGAUGCGGCUAACAUCAGCGGUGCUUUGCGCUGCGCCUGGCCGCAGACGCAUCCGAGUUAGUUGGCAGUCUCCAACAGCGGUGUCGUCGCCUAUUCGCAAGUAUUUAGUUGCGGCUUUGGAUCCCUCGUUUGGCCAGCCGCUCACCAUAACAGUGCUUGAGCCGGAGUACAACGAUGAACUUAAGAGAUAUUUGUCGCUGGAAGAACUCACUAGCUGUGUCCUCGCCGAAGAAGACUUGGUCAAGAUGCCUGCCUUCUUCCAGCAGUCCGCUGCUUGCGUGUAUGUGGCAGCUGCCAAUGAAGCUGGCCAGUCGAAGUGGGCAACCAUCAGUGUGCCGCUGCGUGGUCCUGCUGCUCCGGUCGGUGAAGUUCUAACAUCCCCUUCUAGGGGCAAGGCCGACAAGGCCGAUUCUGCCAAGAGCACACCGGCCAAGGCGUCUGCUAAGCAAUGUAAGGACUUCGAGGCGACAGCACAUUCACUUCUGAAGAGGCCAGAUGGUGCAGCUGAACUUUGUGCGUGGCUUCGAAAGCAGAGUAGAGGAUUGCUUGCCAGCUGGCUGCAAUCCCAAGCGUGGCCCACGAAGGGUUCGAAGGCGGAGCUGGUUGAUCGUGUUGCCUUUGCUGUUGGGGCAAUCGGAAAAGCCAACUGA